CAGAGAAUCCAUUUCGAUGGAAAGUAUAUAGUUAAAGUCAAAACCCGUCAAAUGCAAAAAACCCUACCUGGACAGAAGCUAGUUAGUUACGUGUUAGUAGCAGAAAGGAAAAAGCAGAAGGUGGUUGUUUGUUAUAUGUCUCAACUACUUGGUGAAAACGGACGCGGCUACGAGCUAGCUCGUAAGCUUGAAUCCAACGGUGUAUGGCGAACAUGGCUCGGCGAUUCCAUCUACAACAACUUCGCACCUUACCUUUCUUCACCUUCAGCUUGGGAUUCUUUUAUGAAAACCGAUUCUUCCAAAUCUACCCCUCAUAUUCACCUUCAACUUAGAGUUCGUGCUCUCCUCUUCGAUAAAGCUUCUUCUACUUCUCUUUCUUCAAACCCUAAUCUUAAUCCCUCUCUCUCCACCAUUAACCCUAAUUUCCUUCGCUUGCAUCCGGAUGACAUCUACUUCACACUCGAUAAUAAUAAUAAUAAUAAUCAAGAUCUUCCUACUUCCUCCAAUUCCAAGAAUGGAUCCAGAUAUGUUGAUUCCGAGUUGCCUGAAACGUGGUAUAAUCAAGUAAUUGAGAAUUAUAAGGCUAACAAGAAGCUAGCUAUGUGGGAUCGGGAAUCGUCACCGAAACGUUCGCCAGUGGAGAUGGCUUCCUAUAUUUUGUAUAAUACUAAUCAUAAAAAGAGGCGCGUAGUGUUUAAGGAAGAACAGGAUCAGGUUAUGCGUCAAUCAAAUGGUGGUAGUUUAGUUCACGGUGAUGAUGUUGAUGGUGAGUUUGUUUUUCCGGAGGUAACAUAUGCGUGGAACUGUGUACCCGAGAGUGCAAUUCCAGUGAGUGAGAGAGUAGAGAAUAAUAAUAGUAACCAGAAAGUGACGAUACUUGGUGUGCUUGAUGCGUUGCCUCCUGUUAUGAUUCGGAGUCCUGUUAUGAUUGAGAGGCUUGGGAUUCGGGCUGAGUAUGUUAAUGGGGAACCAGUGGGAGGGUUGUACCGUGGGAAGUUGGGAAGUGAGGGAAAUGGAAGAGUUCUUGGUCGCGAGCAAGCAGCAAAGCUCUCUCAGAAGGUAGUGGCUGGCAUUUUGUUGGGUGCGGGAGUUGAAGCUACCAUGGAAGGUCCAAUUGAAUACUUGUCUGAAGUGAUGAGCAAACAUCUUGUUAAAAUAGGAACCAAUUUGAAAAUACUUGCUGAUAGUUAUAAAAAACAAUGCUCUGCCAUUGAACUUCUAAAGAUGUUGCUUAAAACUGUGGGUUUUAGUAAUUUUGCGCCAUUAGUGGAUGUGGUCAAAGAUGGCUCCAAGAAUAUUCAACAAGGUCAGCAACAUGCACUUGGAAUUCAGUCACAGUUGCAGCCACAACAGCAGAAUUCCCUUCGACUACCUCAGCAAGUUCAGAUGCAGAGACAGAUGCAUCCACAGAUGCAGCAGAUGAUUCACUCCCAAACUCUGGCUUUUCAGCAACAACAGCAGCAGCUGCAGUUAGAGAGAAUGAGAAGCCACCAAUCUCCUGCCCACCCUGCUAUGGAUGUAAGUAAGGAAAGACCAUUGGUUCAAGUCAAGAUUGAAAACACAUCAGAUUUACCAAGUGAUGGUAAUGCCUUCAAUUCCAGACAUCCUCAAAUGCAGUUUAGGCAGCAGCAGUUGGCUGCAAUGGCAAAUUUCCAUCCUCAAUCUAACACUCAGUUUAGACAGAUCAGUUCCUUACAGAUUCCCCCAAUGCAGUCACAGAACAACAUUAGCAUGGUUAGAGCCCCGCCUGUCAAGGUGGAAGGCUUCUCGGAAUUAAUGGGUGGGGGGGAUUCUACAGCCAAACAUGAUUCAGAGGAAAAUAGAAUGACUUCUCCCUCUGGUAAAUAGCUUUUACUAGUAUUUUACCAGUGUGUGCAUCCUUGUGACCCUUUACAUUUAGAUUGGUAUAUGUCAAAAUUGUCAUGGCCUAUAUUAUAUUUUGUAAUAUAUCUCUUCAGUGUACUGUACAGUAGUCAACACUCAGGGCAUCGCAGGCAAAAGUAUCUUGUGGAAGGAAUAUUUUCACUGCUGCUAUAUUUACUCAAAGUAGACAAGACUGAAAAGUGCAACCAAACUUACUAUUUCUUUAAUCUUAUUGGUUUUUAUGUUUUAA